AGGACUAACGACAUCAUGAAUGAGCUUUUACUUCUACAGCUUAAUUAGAUUAUUUGGGAAGACAACUUGUACCACACACUUAUUUUAACAGGAAACUGUUUUAUUAGGAGCCUGUUAACGAUUUUAUCGAAUUUAAUUAUUUCAACGAUAAUAGACAUUCAGCUUUUGACAAUAUAAUUAUUGAAGCUAAAAUACUGAAUAUACAUUACUAUCGUCAGGCUUGACGCUUCUGAAAAGUUUGUACUAAUUAGUAAUGAAUGACAGUCCAUUGACAGAAGAUGAAAUUAUAGAACAAAGACGGAAAAGACGGUUGGAGAUUUUGAAAAAACAUCAAGCUCAAGAUCCUAAGCCCAUACCAUCGCAAGCUUCGACAACUGAUAAUCCUACUUCAAAAGUAACCGAAAAUGAUAUUAAACCAAAUGUGGAACAGCCUGAAACAGAAAGACCUUCAUUUGAUAAGCAACACUAUAAUGAUGAGAAUGACUCUACUUUAAAAAGACCGGGUUCAAGUGAACCAAUCUUUGAAAAGGUCUCGGAGGGAAAUGAUGAGGAUGAGGAUGAGGGAGACGACAUGUUUGCAGAUAGUCCGCUUCCCACUCAUAAAAAACGAAAAACAGAAAAAAAACCAUCUGCAGUUAAAAGGAGUCUUGCCGGAAUGCAGGACACUUGGGAUGACGUUGAAGGAUAUUAUAAAGUAAUACUUAUGGAGGAGCUUGAUUCACGCUACUUGGUUCAGUCAAAUCUUGGCAAAGGUAUGUUUUCUAGCGUUGUCAAUGUACUGGAUCAAAAGACAAAAGCGUCAUUCGCAAUCAAGAUUAUUAGAAACAACGAGGUAAUGUACAAAGCUGGCAUGAAAGAAUUGUCUAUAUUGGAGCGUCUUCAGGCUGCAGAUCCUGAAGGCAGGAGGCACAUUAUUCGUUACGACCGGUAUUUUAUGCACAAAAACCACUUAUGUAUGGUAUUUGAAAUGCUUAGUUUGAAUCUUCGUGACAUUUUAAAAAAGUUUGGUAGAAAUGUUGGUCUGAACAUUAAGGCAAUUCAAGUAUAUGCUUAUCAAAUGUUUACAGCUCUUCAGCUCUUGGAAGAAUGUAAUAUUAUUCAUGCUGACAUCAAGCCGGAUAAUAUGUUGGUAAACGAAAAGAGAAAUAUUUUGAAAAUUUGUGAUCUUGGGUCUGCUUCUGAUGCUGCCGAAAACGAAAUAACACCAUACCUUGUGAGUCGCUUCUAUCGAGCACCUGAAAUCAUCCUGGGAUACCCUUAUUCUUGCCCAAUUGAUACAUGGAGUGUUGGAUGCUCCCUGUUUGAGCUAUAUGCUGGACAGAUUCUGUUUCCUGGGCGAAGCAAUAAUCAAAUGCUUAAGCUAAUGAUGGAAUGCAAGGGAAAGUUUAGCCAUAAGAUGCUUAAGCGCAGUCAAUUUGCUUUUGAUAACUUUGACGAAAAUUUCAAUUUUAUUAAUAAGGAAAUUGACCAUAUAAGUGGGCAAGAAACGCAUAGAAUCUUAAAUUUUAACAAGCCUGCUCGAGACAUAAAGUUUCGAUUGAAAGAUGUGGUUGCUUCUACGAAUGAGGAAGUUGUUAUUCAACAGGUAUUUAUACUUCUGUUAGAACAAUGCUUGGAACUCAAUCCGGAAAAGAGAAUUACGCCCAAACAAGCAUUAAAGCAUCCUUUUUUUAAAAAUAGUCGCCCCUUUCGGUAGGCUUACAUAUCUAUGAAUAUCGAUAAUUUUUUGGUGCUAAGAAUGAAUUU